GACUGCGCAGAUCUUUACAGAAAAAGUGUAAGACACAAUGGACUAUACGAAAUAGAUCCUGAUGGUAAAGGAUACUUUAAGGUCUUCUGUGACAUGACGUCAUCGGGUGGUGGUUGGACUGUAAUUCAAAGACAUAUAUACAAAGGAAAUACAGACUUUUAUCUGGGUUGGGUGCAGUAUAAACGUGGCUUUGGUAAUCUUAAAUCCGAAUUCUGGCUUGGAUUGGACAAGAUACAUCGACUAACAUCUGCAAAGAAAAACAAACUUCGAAUUGAUCUAGUACACAAGUCAGUAAAUGAAAGUUACGCUGAAUAUGAAGUUUUUGACGUAAAGAAUGAAAAUCAUAAAUAUCAAUUGAAUAUUGGAAAUUACACAGGAAAUGUUUGGGAUGCAUUGAGCUAUCAUAAAGACAUGGCGUUUUCAACAAAAGAUUCUGAUAAUGACAAAUUUGUAGAAAACUGCGCUGCUUCCUGGCAAGGUGCUUGGUGGUAUAAAGAAUGUUACGAUUCCAACCUAAAUGGCAAAAAUAUGUAUUGGAGAGGUCUUGGUAACGUGAAAAACAGUGAAAUGAAAAUCAAACCAUGAAGAAUUUUCAUAAAUAUUUAUAAUUUCAUGACAAUGAUCAAUAUCAAUGUCAAUACGUCAUGUAAUAUGUCUUAAACAUUUACACUCGUUGUUUACUAUGAGAAAAUGUGCAAAAAAUUGGUAUAGAUAGAAGUCAAGAAAACUAUAAUCAUUUCAUGAAGUAAUAAAAAAUAUUGUUUCAAUCAA